AACCAUCACAUUUAGAUAAAUUCAAUCAAUUAGAAGAAAUCAAAGUUGAUAAAAGCCUGUUAACCGAGAGAGUGCUAUGGCGAAUGACUUGCAUCACCAAAUCAGAAUCUACUAACACUAGCCAAGAUACUCAGGAUUCCUAAAUUUCCAUAUCAUGUCAAAUGAGAGCAGCGACACAUUUGCAGCUAGAAAGCAACUUUGCACUGUGUUAAGGAAAGUUAAAUUCUUUGCAGAAGCACCAAUCAAAAUGCACAAGAUACGAGCCAUUUCGAACCCAAACUUUAAAUUAGCAGCCUCAUAAUCUUCACUUUCGAAUUCAAGAAGCCAACAAAUCUUUAACCUCAUCCUACUGCAAGUAGUGCUUCACAUUCGAGAAGUUACAAAAUUCAAUCUGCAAAUGUGGGACACGAGGCAAACCGAAAUCUUUAAGCUGUUAUUAUUCAGAACUGCAUGAAACUCAACAUUAGACUCUCAUAACCAGCUUACUGCCAGAAACAGUUAAUCUUACAGUCUCACUAACAAAUAAGAAACCUGGAUACUAAAACAAGAAACGACCCACUAUGCAUGAUCCUAAGUUAUUACACAGCAAACCAAGUUUGCCAUGACUCCUUCAAGCAUCUUGCUUUUUCUUCAGGUCUUCGAACUUGUCUAUAGCCACCUGAAGUUCAUCCGUCCCUCCAACAGCUCUCAUGGUGUAGAAAUACACCCCAAACACAAACGCUGACAACCCGCCAGCAACUACCAGAUUCUUGGUCUUGGGAGCAAGGCUUCCGAAUGCUAAGAGUCCGGCCAUCUUUGCAACGGGAUGUCACUGUCGAUAUAUAUUUCGUGUUAUACGCGAUCGAAAAUUCGUAAACCAGCCAACAAAACCAACCAAGUAAUGCCCACUGCUGAUGCUCAUGUCAACUAAAGGCGCAAAAUUUGCAAAAAAAACAUCCAACCCCAACAACCAUUUACAGAAGGUACUUUCAAGUUUCAACCCGUUCAAGCAGUUAGAAGAAUAAGCCGUCGAGGCAAUUCAACCGGUGAAGAACUCAGCCAACAGUGUUUAGAUUCAGUAUUCUAUUCAUUACAGAGGCAAAAAGGCGAGUAGAGAUCAAGGGAGAGAAGAAGCACCUUUUCCAACAGGAAAAUCGCACGAAAUGGCCGAUGAACAAGAGGCAGCGAGGAAUGGAGAAGCACGGCCGACGGCGAGCGAGAACAACUGAAGCGUACUGAGAGGAAUUGAAUGGGUACUGGGAAACAAAUUUUACCCGCCCCGUCCAAAGAGAGAAUUUAUACCCGCCCCGUACCCGCCAAUUAAUACGACACCGUUUAAUUGCUAGGCGCUGGCCCUAAUUCUGUGAUUGUCCGGCCCGGAAUGGAUCAAUUCCGACAGAAAGAAAAAAAGAAAUCGAGGCAGAAGGAAGGAUUGGAGAGGAAGAAGAUUGGGGAAGAGGAUGAGAAAGAGAAGAACGAGAGAGUAGGAAGUUUAUGGUGAAGACGUAUACAAGCAAGUUGUCUAGCCUCAUCGUCAAGUUGUAUACUUUGAAGUUAACGGCUUAGUUCUUUCCCCAGGAGAACAUGGUAGGAUUUACGCCAAUGGGGAAAAGAGUCGGUCUUUACAAAGUAAUUACAGUUCGAUUCUACUCCAGAAUCGCUCCUCCACCACCUGCAUACGCCCAACCAGUCAUUAGAGUCACCAACAAUGUAGCUCAUCUGGGUUCCGCAAAAGAGGGUCCGAAAGCCCGGCAACUUCUUUCAUUGCCCCCUUUCCCCGGUCUGCCUCUUCCUGGAAAGGACGUGCUCGGCGAUCCUGGGCGUCUCACUGCCAUCAGCUGGGUCAAGUAUUACUUCAAUGACAUGUCUGUUGAAAAUAUCGAAUCCCAUUUCAAGAAGGGACUAGUUUAUGUGGAAUGCCAAAGUUCCAGUGACUCUUUUGAAAUUAAAGGAUUGGGGAAGUUGGUGAGAAAGAUUAAGCCUCAUGAUGCAAUGGAAGCGGGAGCUAGAAUUCAUGUUCCGGUAUCGAUUGCUGAGUCUAGGAUCUCGAAGAGAUUUGACACUAUACCAAGUGGUACUCUAUAUCCAAAUGCAGAUGAGAUCGACUACUUGCAACGGCUUGUGAAGUACAAGGAUGCAUCUCUGAUUGUUCUAAAUAAGCCUCCGAAGUUGCCAGUCCAGGGUAAUAUGCCUGUUCAUAACAGUAUGGAUGCAUUGGCUGCUGCUGCUUUGUCUUACGAUUAUGAUGAGGGACCCAAGUUGGUUCACCGGCUAGAUAGGGAAAGCAGUGGGCUCAUCUUACUGGGACGGACAGAAGAAAGUGUAUCUCAUCUUCAGUGGCUAUUCAGCAACCUUAACAAAGCAAAAUCCAGAUGUAAGGCCUGGAAUGAUGCCUGUGAAGCUACAUACCAACGAUACUGGGCCUUAGUUAUAGGCUCCCCGAAGGAAAAGGAAGGCUUGAUUCGUGCUCCUCUUUCAAAGGUCCUUCUUGAUGAUGGGAAGACAGAGCGAAUCAUCUUGGCUGGGGGGUCUGCUUUUGAACCUUCGCAAGAGGCUCUAACAGAAUAUCGAGUCCUAGGUCCUAUGAUCAACGGAUGUUCGUGGCUCGAACUUCGCCCAUUAACCAGCUGGAAGCAUCAGCUUCGCGUCCACUGUGCUGAAGCGCUGGGUACUCCAAUCGUGGGGGACUACAAAUACGGCUGGUUUGUGCACAAGAGAUGGAGGCAAAUGCCUCGAGUUGACAUCGAGCCGACUUCAGGGAAGCCAUACAAGUUGCGCAGGCCAGACGGUAUAGAUGUUCAGAAAGGAAGCGUGAUGUCGAAGGUUCCAUUGCUGCAUCUGCAUUGCCGGGAGCUCGUCCUUCCCAACAUCGCCAAGUUUAUGAAUAUCUUAGAUCGGAGAUCAGAAAAUCGCCACCAGCCUACGACGAGCGAGCCUUCUGAUCUUCUGCGGUUUGUAGGCGCAAUGCCAAACCACAUGAAAAUUAGCUGGAACCUCAUGUCGUCAUAUUUGGUGUGAGAGAAAAUUCACCAUAGUAUUUUGAUAUCCUUGCUAGUUAAUCACUUCCCCAAUCUCCUUCUGCGAACAAUCCAACUCGAAUCGAUUGUUGAAUCACUCUUCCCCGACAUAGCCAUAUUUCGCUGACCAAGCUAAGAUUGUUUGUUUGGCAGAGAAAAUUAUCAUUGGAAGAUUCAUUAGUAACGAAAAUUUGAGGUUUAGUUGCAAUAAAUAUAUAUUUAGAUGAAGUGGCGUAUUCAGUGCACCCACUUAUUUGAGUACACUCAGCGCACCCACCUCAUAAUCAUCAUUCUGAGCAUGCGAUUCAUGUAAAAAUGGUAUCAAUUGUUGCUUAUGAUAUUAUGAACAAUAAGCCCAUGAAUUAAAAAAAAAAAUCAUUUAAGAUUUACUUUAAUUUGAAGGAUUUAGUAUUUAGGGGUUUAGGGUUAAGGUUUAGGUUUACAGUUUGAGAUUUUGCAUUAGGAUUCAAAAUUGAAGGUUAAGGGGUUAGGGUAAUAGAUUGAUUUGUUAUGA